AUGAGCCAGGGGCUGCCCCGCGCCUUCCUGCACAGCCUGCGGACGCUGUUUGAUCUCCUGGAUGACGGGCGGCGGGGCUACGUACACAUCCAGGAGAUAGAGCUGCGGUGGCGGGGGGCGGACACCCGGGAGCUGCCCCCCGGGGUGCUGCACUGCCUUCGGAAGGUGGCGCCCCCCGACGGCUACCUCACCUUUGACCGCUUCGUCCUGGGGCUCCGGACCUCCAUGCUGAACGCCCAGAACCGGGAGAACCAGCAGCUGAGGGCGCCCCGAGCUCCUGCCAGAGCCCCCGGGAAAGCGGGGUACCCCUGCAAGCCCCAGCCGCUGGGGGUGCGCUCCAUCAACGGCUCCCACCCCCCCGACAGCAGGACGGCCGGCUGCACGCUGGUGGGGAGACCCCGAACAGGAGAGGAGGCCAAACCCAUGUGUAGGUCACACAGUGAGUCCACGGGUCAAGGUAUAGCCGAGCAGUGUCGCCACCAACAUGGACGAGGGGAGCACAGGAGGCAUACCAUCACUAGCGGGGUGGAUUACAGCUUGCUGAAGAAGAUGAAGGACAUGGAGCACGAGAAGGACCUUCUCCUCCAGGGACUGGAAAUGGUGGAGAAAGCUCGAGACUGGUACCUCCAGCAGAUCCACGCCGUGCAGGAGCAGCAGAGGAACCUGGGGAAGACGGACUACUUCUGUGACGGGCAGUACGGAUCUCUGAGCCAGCUGCUCCCCAAACUACAGGAAGUGAAUCGUUGUCUGAGCGACCUGCUAUCGCCAUGCAAGACUGGUAUGCCCUCCCCUCCUGUGCCCGCCACCCAGCUCCUACCUGGGCAGCAGCAAACUGUAAAUAUGCUGAAGGAACAGAACCGAUUACUGACAAAGGAAGUUUCGGAUAAAAGCGACCGAAUCACCCAGCUGGAACAGGAGAAGUCGGCUUUGAUUAAACAGCUGUUUGAGGCGCGGGCUCGAAGUAAUCCGGAAACCAGCGCAAUGGACUCUACAUUCAUAUAG